ACCAAUAAUCCAAUUAAAUAACAUUGAAAAAUAAAAAAAAAAAGAACAAAAAGCAACGCGAAUAACAAUGCAUUUGCCCCAAGGAGCAUUAAGUUUUCUGUUCAUCACUUGCAUGAUGUUCGCGCUGGCAGGAGGCCAUCCAUCAAGCGACAAGCUAAAAAUUCGAAUACACGUGCCAGUGAAGCAUCACACACAUGUGCACACGAAGACGGUCAUUAAGAAGGUCCCACUGCCCAUUCCGGUGCCGGUCAAGGAGCACCACCACGAACCGAAAAAGCACCACAGCAGCCGCAGCCACCACCACCACCACCAUCACGAGGACGAGCUGGAUGACGAUUUCGAGGGCUACGAGUAUCCCAUCAAGGCCAAAAGACGCACGCGGCAUCCCUUUGUCUGAGCUCUUUCUGGCCAGAAAAUACCCCCCGGAAAACACCACCCACGCACAGCGGGGAAAAUGAAAUCAAAUGAAAUACAAUUUACGCAGA